AUGGCUACCGUAACCGAUCCGCAAACCGUCGCACCGGACGUCGAGAUGACCGACUCUCUGGCCACCACCAGCGACUCCAAUAACCUCUCGACUGCCAAUGGCAAACGCAAGGCCGACACCGAUGUCAGCGAGCUCGAUAACAGAACCAUCAAGAAGAACACCCCCUCUGUCAACAACGACGAGCAGCCAGCCAACCCCUCCGAGGCUGCCAUCGAUACCAACAUGAUCCCGGCCGAGCAAGCUGGGCAGACUCCGGCUUCGACCGAAACCCCUGCCACCGAAGAGGUCAAGCCUGGUCCCUCCAAGCGCGAGCUCAAGAAGUUGCGCAAACAAGCCGCCUAUGAAGCCUACGCCGAGCAGCGCAAGCAGAAGCGCAAAGAUAAGCGCCACGAGAAGCAAGCCCAGCGUCGAGAAGAGAAGGAGGAGUUGAUGGCUAAAGCUGUCGAGAAGGGACUCGACCCAAUGGCCCUCAUUCCCACCAAGAAGCCUCUCGAACCCAACUUCCUCCCCAUCUCCGUUGUCAUCGACUGCGACUUCGAGCAAUACAUGCGCGAAGGAGAACUGAUUUCCCUGUCAAGCCAGCUCACCAGAUCGUACGCAAUGAACCGCAAGGAGAAAAACCAAGCCCAUCUGUCACUCAGCGGGUUUGGGGGCAAGCUCAAGGAAAGAUUUGAGACAAAGCUCAAGAACACCCACCUCAACUGGAAGAAUGUGAUCAUUACCGAAAACAACUUUGUCGACUGCGCCCAGCAAGCUAUCGACAAGUUUAUUCAGCCUUAUACCGCGUACAACCUUCCCGAUCACGUCGCUUCGAAGGAGACGGGCAACGUCCCUCACAUGAGUCUCGAUGAGAAGUUUGAUAACAAGUCGACCGAGGAUGUCGAGGAGGACAGUGUCCACAAGAACAUUGUCUACCUCACUUCCGACUCGCCGUAUACCCUCGACAGACUGGAACCAGGGACCGCGUACAUCAUUGGAGGGUUGGUCGAUCGCAACAGGGAGAAGGGUCUUUGCUACAAGAGAGCGCAAGAACACAAGGUUCGCCAUGCGAAGUUGCCGAUCGGGGAUUUCAUGGCCAUGCAGAGCCGGUUUGUCUUGACGACGAACCAGGUGGUGGAGAUUAUGGGGAAGUGGCUGCAGUGUGGUGACUGGGGGCAGGCCUUUUUGGAGGUGAUCCCGAAGCGGAAGGGUGGUGUGCUGAAGGAGGGUGAUGGAAGUCAAGCUGGGGGUGAUGACGAGGGGAAUGUCAAGGAGGAGGAUACCAAGGAGGAUCAGAAGGAGGAUGAGCCGGACAAGUCGACCGACACUGAGAUCAAGCCGGAGAUGGAUUAG